AUGAAUAAUACAACUGAUCCCACCCACCCUCGCCCGCUUCGAGUGGCAUCUGCAUCUGGCGCAGUCACGGACCGGCGCCAUGGUUUCCGGGCUCUUGCUGAGCUCGAAGAAGACAUCCAAUUCAUCGUGGGUGAUUGGAUGUCUGAAAUGAACAUGACCGUCAGGGCAGCAGGCAAGAUCGACUCCAAUGGCGCUUCCGACGAGUUUGAGAAGGCUUUUCUCGAGGGCAUCGAGCCCGCGCUCCCGCAUCUGGCGUCCAGGGGGAUCAAGGUCGCAGUCAACGCGGGCGCCAGCGACGCUCAGAAGCUCUGCAGCAUCCUGGCGGACAAGAUUGAGGCUCAGGGGCUGGGCCUGCGGGUUGCGUGGAUUGGCGGCGACGAGGUCAUCGAUCUUGUGCGGCAAGGUGCCCAGGAAGGAGCAGAGUUCCGAAGCCUGACCACAGGCCAGAAGCUGUCCGAAUGGGGCUUUGAGCCUCUAUACGCCCAGUGUUACCUCGGCAGCUGGGGUAUUGUUGAAGCCUUCACGGGCGGCGCAGACGUUGUCAUCUGUGGACGUGUUGCAGACGCAUCCCCUGCCAUUGCUUGUGCUGCGUAUCAUUAUGGAUGGCAGCGCAAGGACUACCAACAGCUCGCCAGUGCCUUGGUCGCCGGCCACAUGAUCGAAUGCUCGACCUAUGUCAGUGGAGGAAACUUCUCCGGCUUCAAAUCGCUGCCUGGCGACGUCACCAACAUCGGCUUCCCCAUUGCCGAGAUUCUCCCCAACGGCAACUUCUACGUCACCAAGCAGAAGAACACUGGCGGCAUGGUGACGGUUGAAACAUGCAAGUCUCAGUUGCUGUAUGAGAUUCAAGGACCGCUGUAUUACCAUUCCGAUACCGUCGCCGUUCUCGAUGGCAUUAAGUUUGAACAAGCGGGAGUCGAUCGGGUCUUUGUUUCCAAUGUCGGAAGCCGGAAACCUCCCCCCACCACCAAAGUCGGAAUCACCGCCAAGGGCGGGUUUCAAGCCGAAGCCCACUACUUCCUCUGCGGACUCGACAUCGAGGAGAAGGCCCAACUGCUCGAGAAGCAACUCCGUUUCGCCUUGGACGAGUCCAAAUAUCACUGUCUCAGGUUCCAAACCCAUGGGAGAUGCCCCGACGAUCCCCAGAGCCAGGCCUCGGCCACCGUUGACUUCCGCAUCUUCGCCCAGGCCAAGGACGAGGGCGACCUCUCGAGGGAACGCUUCCUCGAGCCGAUCACGAACAACAUCAUGCAGAGCUACCCCGGCGCCACCUUUGCCAUGGACACCCGGCUGGCCCUACCGAAGCCGUACUGCGAGUACUGGGUGACGCUCGUCCCGCAGAGCCGCCUCAGACACGUGUGCCACCUGCCGUUCAGCAGCUCGCAGGUCGAGAUCGCCGCGCCCGAUGACACGGAGGACUUUGUGCUGAGCCAGGACUCGUACGAGACGUCCGACCCUGCCGACGCGGCGGCUGACCUUGGCCCGCUUGUCCGGGCGCCGCUGGGCUAUGUCGUCCACGCCCGUUCCGGGGACAAGGGGUCGGACUCCAACGUGGGCUUCUUUGUCCGCCACGCCGACGAAUGGGACUGGCUACGCAACCUCUUGACGGCCGAGAAGGUCAAGGCGCUCCUUGGCCGGGAUUACUCUGGGAAGCCCGUCUUCCGCUUCGAGCUGCAGAACAUCUGGGCUGUUCACUUCCUCCUCAAGGACCAUCUGGAUCGUGGCGUUGGAGCCAAUUCGACUUACGACUUUCUGGGGAAGAACGUUGCCGAGUACCUACGAAGCAAGCAUGUAGACAUCCCCGUGAAGUUUCUCGAGCGCGGAAGGGUUUAG